AUGUCACAAGGAGCAUCUGUGGUGCAUUUUAGCGGUCACCAGUAUUUGCGGCACCGUUUAGUGCUCGGUCUCUUGAGCGGGAAACCCGUUAAAAUUGACAAAAUCAGGACGGAUGAUAAAAAUCCUGGACUGCGGGACUAUGAGGUUAGUUUGCUGAGGUUGUUGGAGAAGGCGACCAAUGGGACGAUUAUAGAAAUAUCUCUUACAGGUACUGCCAUUUUGAUCAAGCCUGGUAUCAUUACUGGCGGACCUAUAACACAUGAAUGCCCGCUUUCGCGGUCGAUUGGCUACUUCCUAGAACCAAUCAUCAUGCUCGCACCCUUUUCCAAACACCCAUUUGAUUUGAUCUUGAAAGGGAUAACCACCGACGACAAAGACCUCUCUGCAGACCUUAUUCGAACAGUGACAUUGCCGCAUCUCGAACCAUUCGGAAUUUCGGACGGUCUAGAGUUGAGGAUUAAAAAAAGAGGCGCUGCACCACUAGGAGGAGGGGAAAUUCAGUUCAUCUGUCCAAUCCUCAAGCAGGUAAAAACGAUCAACUUCGUUGAUCCCGGACGAGUCAAGCGGAUACGAGGCAUAUCGCAUGCAGUGCGCGUCAGCCCACAGUUUUCGAAUCGCAUGAUCGAGGCUUCCCGCUCUGUGUUGAAUACAUUCAUCCCUGACAUAUACCUGUAUUCCGACGUCUACAAAGGCGAAGACAGCGGAAAAUCCCCAGGAUAUGCUUUGACCUUGGUUGCAGAGUCGACUACUUCUGUGUUGCACUGUUCAGAAGCCGUGUCGCAACCGGGCGUUUCACCAGAAGAUAUCGCCCUGCAGGCAGCGCAAUCCUUGCUCGCCGAGAUACGAAGAGGCGGAUGCGUAGAUCGCAAGCACCAGACCCUGGUUCUCAUGAUGAUGGUGCUGGGAAGCGAAGACGUCGGGCGGUGUCUAAUGAGCGAACCAACCGCACGAACAAUUCAAUUCCUUCGGGAUGUCAAGGACGUCUUCUCGACGUCGUUCAAAAUCGUUCCCACCAAGUCGUCGGAAGCAAUUUCGUCGGAGCUCAUUUUCUCGUGUUAUGGGACUGGCUACAUCAACACUAAUAGGUCACUGGCGUAA